CUUCCUCCCAAGCAAAUAACAGCAUUUAGUCUCACAAAUCACAUACGUAAUUACCUGCAGCCCCUACUAUAUAUAAUUUGCCCCAUCAAUAAUCAUUCAAUAUUAACAUGAACAUAAUAAACAUGAAGCAAUCACUCUUAUCAAACCCAUUAGCACUAGUACUAAUAUCUUCCCUCAUGUGUUCUACCACCUUAGCUGCUCUCUCACCAAUGGGUGCACCGCCACAACAAUCGAAACCCCCACCACCAACCUCCGCCGUGGACAUCCUUGGAAUCCUAACAAGAGGCGGAUCCUUCAACACAUUCAUCAGGCUCAUGAAAACCACACAAUUGAUCAACCAACUCACCUCACAGCUCAUAACCAUUAAAUCCGGUGGCCUAACCAUUUUCGCCCCGGAGGACGCCGCCUUCUCCCAACUCAAACCAGGGUUCCUCAACAUGCUUUCGAAUACGCAAAAGCUUGAGCUCGUUCAGUUCCAUGUUCUCCCUGACUUCGUCUCCAGCUCCAGCUUUGAUACCUUAACUAACCCUGUUAGAACACUAGCCGGUGCUAAACAAGGGAAAGUUGAACUGAACGUGAUCAGUUAUGGUGGAAGUGUCAACAUUUCAACGGGUGAAGUUAACACCACCAUCAAUGGGAUCAUAUACACGGAUAACCAUCUUGCAAUAUAUAAAGUUGCUAAGGUGCUUCUCCCAUCAGACUUCUUCCCCACCAAGAUUGCCGCCGCGCCGGCGCCUACUCUGGCGCCGGCACCGGCAGUCGAGGUAGCGAAGGCGCCGAAACCUGAUAAGGAGAAGCCGUUGGACGACAAUUCGGAACCGUCGUCGACCCAGGUUGUUCCAUCUAAGACGUCUGCAGCUACGAAAAAUAGAGAGGUUUCCGUUGUGUUUAUGGUCAUGCUAAUAAUAUUGGCAGCAUAAACUAUAUAACAUGUAAAUGAAGCUGUGUUUACACAUUGUUUAUAAUGGAGCGUUGUGAUAUGUUUUUUGUUACUACGUGCUUUUCUAAUGAGAAAAUCUUGAAUCCGUAUAUAAAAGUAAAUCCAUGGUAAUAUAAACACAGAUCUUGUUUGAGUGAAAAAUAAGUAUUUUUUAUGGUGUCUAAAUUUUAUUUAUAUACUUUAAAAAAAAAGGUCAAUCUUACUUUGCUCUAUUUCUACAUUUAAACAAAAUAAGCACAACUUCCAUAUACAUCAAAAAAUUCCCCAAACAAAUAAUAGAUAGCUAGGUCUAUAAAGUAUAAACUAUUCAUCAGUAUUUUUAAAUAUUGUUGGUUAACACCGCUGAUCAAAACAAUAUAUUAUACAGAUCUAUGAUACUACUUUUUCAAUAUACUUAUUAGUUUCAUUUUUAGGCACACUCACCAAAUUAUACCUAACCAAGAAUCUGUCAACCUAUUCUCAACAUUUUAAUUCAGGAACGAAGAGGGGAAGAAAAGAUCUAAACCCUAAAAUAGCUAAUUCCUCAACGUGGCUUAAAUUGCUUAUCAGUGUUUAUCAUCAAGUGUUUCAAAAUUGUUGGAUAAUGUUUGUAAUGCAUUGAAGAAAUAAUAGAGAUUGGAUUUGAAGAAGCUAAAGCAAUAUCCAAUUUUUGAUUUGAGGAUGGAUGAUAUAGAUAGAAGUAGAGGUUCACGGCCUCUAAAGAACUGAAAAGAACUAAAAGUAUGUCACAGUCAGCACUGAUCAACACAGCAUAUAUAUAGGACGCUGUAAAGUUGUUGUACGUCGUACAUGUACUUCCAUUGCAUUGUAUCAUCAUGUUUAGGCAGGAUGAGAGUCACAGAUACUAGAUUACUAGUGUAGUGCUAUUGCUACUACCAAAAAUAAUAAUUGAAAGAGCUGAGGGAAUAUUAUUAUAGAUAGUGGUUCCAAAUAUGGGUUGGCCCCCACUUGGUUCACGAGAUGGAUCCUGUCAUAUCUCAUCUGAUCUCAAUGCUAUGCCUCCGUGACCCAUCUAUCAUCAUUAACUUAGCUACUUAAUUAACUUAACUUGUUCUUUUUAUUAUCAUUAUUAUAUCUAUGUAUCAUACAAUUAACCUCACCUACAUAUAUUCUUGAUGAU